AUGUGCCAGCGACUCGCGGUACCCUUCCUCCUGAUCGUCCAGGCCAGCCUCGGCUACUGCCCCCCGAACGCAUUAAGGACGACGGACACCUCAGCCCCGUCUUGGUUCAAUGGACAUCCAUCAGCGCGACAACGACGGUCGUCGCAUAGCCGGCAUCAACAGCGACCCAGAGGGACCGGUAGACGCGGCAGCAGCAGCAAUCCUUCAGCAACGUGCCAUGCGACCCACCUCCACCACCAACAAGGGCCGGGGCGGAAUCAACGCGCAGGCAGCGGUAGCGCCAUUGCCGCUGCGAGCGGAAGCGGAUCGGGGGGUGAAGGCGGGUGCAGAGGGGACGGGGGGGUAACGGGAGCAGCCGUGGGUGGCCGGCGGCGGAGAACUUUCCUGACGGGCUUGAGGGCCAAGAGGGUGGCGGGGGAGGGGGUCUCGGAGGAGCAGGAGAAGGCCAGGGCGGCGCAUAGGGCACGGCUUGCGGCGAGGCCGAAGCCCCCACCAAGAGAACACGUCCCGCCGCCGCCGAACACGCAGGCGCUAAACGUGGUGCUGACGCACACGACGGCGGAUUUCGACACCUUGGCGGCGGCGGUAGGGCUGGCCAAGCUUUGGCAGGACGAGCGCCCGGACGACGAGUGCUGCGUGUGCCUCCCACGCGGCACGCACCCGGUAGUCAAGCGCUUCCUGACCCUCCACAAGAACCUCUUCCCCAUCAAGGCGCUGAGGGACAUCGAUCACGACCGGAUUUUCCGAGUUGGGCUCGUGGACGCUCAGAAGAUCGACAGGAUCGGGACUGCGGCUUCCCUUCUGGCGAACGCCACAGAGGUUCACGUGGUCGACCACCACAAUGAGCAGAGCUCGGAUAUCAACGCCACUUCUAUCGUGAUCGAGGAGGUGGGGUCCGUCUCAACGAUCAUUACGGAGAAGCUGCAGGAGAGGGGUUUGCAGAUGGAGGAAGCCGAGGCCACGCUGCUUGCUUUGGGGGUGCACUCGGACACCGGGUCGCUCACGUUUGACUCCGCCACGGCCAGGGAUGCCGUGGCUUUGGCGUGGCUAAUGGAGCAGGGGUCGAGCCAGCAGGCGAUCGCGGAGUAUGGGCACGCCGCGUUGAGCCAGGAGCAGCAGAGCACCCUCACGGAGUGCAUCAACAACCUCAACAGGACAUCGCUGAACGGAGCCACUGUUUCGACGGCUCUGGUGCAACUGGACAGCUACGUCAAUGGCAUGGCCGCUGUUGCUCAGAACGUUCUAGACGUUACCGACAGCGAUGUGUUCAUGCUCGGAGCGCACUUCCCUCAGAAGCUGGGGAGGGAUCCCACUCACAUGGUGGUCAUCGGGAGGGCAAGGCCGCGAGUGAGCAAGGUGAACCUGGACGAUCUCAUGUCCAACUACGGGGGAGGGGGGCACCGCAAGGCUGCCGCGGCGUCGCUACGGCUGAGUUCAGUGACGAUGCGAGGGGGUGAACCGGCCACGGCUGCAGGCAUCAUGCAGGAUCUGGUGGACAGAAUAUUCGUGGAACAGAUUUCCGAGCUAGAAGUGGCUGAGGACAUCAUGACUGCCCCGGUGCAGACAUGCGGUGCCACAGAAUCGAUCGAGGAAGUCUCCAAGGUGUUGUCCAGGCACGAUAUCCGAGGGAUGCCUGUCGUUGACGAGGAGGGGAAGGUGCUGGGCCUGAUCUCUUGCAAGGAGGUGGAGAAAACGGUGAAAUUGGGGCGACAACACGAGCUCGUCAAGGGUUGGAUGAAGGAGCAGUUCCCUGUGGCGGAUGCCCAGGACCCAUUGCACGAAGUGGAAGAAAAGUUCAUCAAGGGGGAUCUCGGCAGGCUUCCGGUGGUGCGAGAAGGAAAACUGGUGGGGCUCAUCACGCGGGCGGACAUGCUGAGACAACACCGCUUCUACGAAGGCCUGCACUACGAAAAUAGAGCCUUCGCCACCCCGGUCGACUCUCCCGUCAGGAAAAUGCUGGCGAAUCUACGGAAAACGCUGAAGAAGUACGACGAGGAGUAA